AAAGGCUGAGCCGCACGCGCUUCCACCGCCGCCGCGACCGACGACACACAAAAUUCGCGCGAAAUAAAUAUCGAUCAUAUCUAACCUAACAUUUGAUAACGAAUUAUUUAAUCUAAGUAUUUAUAUAAUCUAUAUUCCUCUCCAGUAGUGUUGUUACAUUUUUGUAUAGUUUAUUUAUUUAUUUAUUUACUUUUUAUAAAAUUAAAUAAAAAUGAAUUUCUUUUUUGGUAAAAACAUUCCCAGUGUUCUAUUGAUGUCUCUGGUUAUUCUGGCGAAUGCUCAAAGAAGAGAUGUCGACAUGAAUGAACUGGAGAGACAGAACAAGAUCACCCAGCAGAUACUGGAAGCGUUCAUUCAGAAGAAGUUGGGGCUGCAGAGUACCGUGCCGAAGGCGCCGUCAAUCCUCGACAUACUCCCUGUGAAGAUGCCCACACCGCCAGUGACACAACAGUCAGAAAUGACAGAGACCAUGGAAGAAGAGAACCAAGACACCGUGGACAAUCAAGAGCUCACAGAAGACCAGGAGUUAAGAGAAGACGACAGCCUACAGAGUGUGGAGAGCGAACAAAUCGAUUCAAUAUACAACACUAAUGCAGGUAGGAGCAAAAAGUACUCGCCCCCGCCUUUCGAGGCGGACUUGGAACCGAGUGGUUACAAUCAAUGUUCAAGCUGUAACGAUGACGACCUCGGCGUGACGCGGUGGACGAUGCCUCUACUCAAAUCUGGAGAGAAGAAAUAUUACCUCGGAAUCUUCUUUAAGGCAAACUGGUUCAAAGCCCAGCAGUACUGCAGGUUCCACGGCAUGCACUUGGCAUCCAUUUCUUCACAGCAGGAGAAUGAUAAACUGGAACAGUACGUUAAGGACUCAGGUUUCGGCCGUGAACACUUCUGGACAUCAGGCACUGACUUGGCUGAAGAAGGCAGCUUCUUCUGGAUGGCCAACGGCAGACCGCUGACCUUCGUCAACUGGAACGCUGGAGAGCCCAACAACUUCCGCUACGAAAAUGGAGAAGAAGAGAACUGCUUGGAGCUGUGGAACAGAGACGACAAAGGUCUCAAGUGGAACGACUCCCCCUGCUCUUUCGAGACGUUCUUCAUCUGCGAAGUGAGGUCUGAUUGAUUGCCCCCUCCGCUAGAUGUCAUUAGUUGUUGUGUGAUUGUACAGUAGUGUGCUAGAUGUCGCCAUUUGUUAUAUUACUACCUGCAGCUGUGCCUGCGAAGAUACUUUUCGAAACUAUUGCGAUAGUUUCUUGAAAACUGCACCCUGCCUGACCAAGUAUAAACUGCGGGAAUUAAAUGCCCUAUUUUAAUGAGAAUCAACUGAUCUCUUUUGUAUGUUGUAACUUGCCUUUCCAUAACACUGAAGGAAAUAUAAUAAAAUGUUGUUUAUAAACCAAAUGUAACGUAAUGUAGGUAACGUUGCUGUGUAUGUUCGUAUGUUGAAUGAAAACACUAAUCAACUUGUUAAUUCUCUAUUUUUCUUAACCUUACAUUGUGUUCAAGACGAUUGGUAACUUUGCGAAAGGAAAUUAUGUCAAAUCAAAUUUCGAAGCGAAAACAGUUCGGUCAGUAUAGAUAGGUAUUGUAAUAUUUAAAUAUUUGAUUAUUUAUUUGUUUUUUUUCACGACUUCGAUUGGGUCGUAUUCGGUAAGGGUUUUAAAGAAUUGCAAUAGAUCUGGAUAAUAUGUAACCUUUUCUUAAAUGAUGUAAACGAUCACUGCCUAAUGAUCUUUAAUGAACCUCCGAGCAUGUGCUCAACGGGACACUCGUUGUCCAUAGUCAAACAUAGUGGGUAAAUAAAAUAUAGUUACCGUAGGUGUAAAUGUAUAAAAUAGUCGUAAGUACAGACAAUAAAACUCUUAAGUGUA